AUGUCUAAGGUCUCAAUUGCUGUCAUUGGUCUCAACGGUUUCUUAGGUAAGCCUGUUGUGGAUGCCAUUGAAUCUGGAAAGUUCGACGACAAGAUCCAGUUCCCAAUCAAGGCUGUUACCAGAAAGGAAAAGCCUUCCACUUCCAAAAUUGAGUACGUUGUUGCUCAGUUGGACGACGAACACAUCGACGAUGUCGCUGCCAAGUUGAAGGGCACUGAUGUCAUUAUCGAGUUGGUCGCUCCAAACCCACAAUUGUUCCUGACUCUCGAGAAGGUCGCAGCCAAGGUCCAGCCAAAGUUGUACAUUCCUUCGCAAUUUGGUGUUGACAUUCUCCAAAUCGAUGCCUAUGCUCGUGGAUUCUUGGCCAUCAAGACUGAACACUCGACCAAGCUCAGAGAAAGUGGUUUGAAGGUCGUUGAUUUCGUCACCGGUUUCUUCGCUGAACCAGGUGCAUUCCUCUACGAAAUUGUCGGAGUUGCUGGUAUCGAUCCAGCUACCAAGACUAUCACCCAGAGAGGCUCUCCAGACUCCAAGAUCUCUAUCACCAAGUUGCCUGAUAUCGGAUACUCCUUGGUUUCUUUGCUGACCCAGGACCCAGCCACUCUUCCAGAUACCGUUAGAAUCUCAUCUCAAGUCAUCACCCUCCAAGAUGUCAUUGACAAGUACGAAGCCAAUCACGACGUCAAGUUGUCUGUGGUUAAGACCAUCUCCAAGGAAGACACCUUGAAGGACUUCCAGGACAGAUUGGCUGCUGGCUUCAACUUUGCCGACUUCUUCUUCUACCUUCAAGCUGUGGCUACCCAAGGUCUUGACAAGGGUGUUUUGUUCUCGGAAGUCCACAACGAGUUGGUCAACCCAGGUGAAUCUUUGUUCAAAUGGGGUAAGUUCUAA